CAAGUCAAUUCAAAUGGCGGAUUUUUUUAUUUCCAUCGCAGCAAAGAUUGCAGAAUAUGCGGUGGAUCCAAUUUUACAUCAUACUCAAUACUUGUGUGGUUUCAACGACUUUGCUCCCAAUCUUUCAAAUGCCAAAAUACGAUUGGAAUUGACUCGAGAUGGAGUGAAGGAGCGAAUUAGAAAAGCCAUCAAUAUGGUUGAAAAAGUUGAGCCUACUGUUGAGAACUGGCUGAAAGAUGUUGAAAAAGUCUUAGAAGAAGUGCAAAUGCUGGAAGAAAGAAUAUUGAGCGUGAACAAAAGCUAUUUCCGAAAGCAAUGUCAAUAUUCUCUUACAAAACAAAUAAAAAGAAAAACAACUGAAAUGAUUCAGCUCCUUCAUAAUAGAAAGUUUGAACUGUUUUGGAGGAUUACUGAACUUCCAGGAACGAAAUACUAUUCUUCCAAUAAUUUCUUUAUGUUCAACUCUACAGAAGAAUCUUACAAGAAGCUUCUAGAAGCAUUAAAGAAUAAAAGUGCUUUCAUAAUUGGAUUAGUUGGAUUAGGAGGGUCAGGGAAAACUACUUUGGCAAAAGAAGUGGGUAAAAAAGUUGAAGAGAUGAAACUCUUUGAGAAGGCUGUCUUGGCAACAGUGUCGCAACCUCUAAAUAUAAUAAGUAUCCAAGAUCAGAUUGCUGAUCAAUUGAGCGUUGAGUUAAAGGAAGCAUCGGAAAUAAGUAGAGCACAGAGACUAUCAGAAAGAUUAAGGAAAGGUACAACUCUUGUAAUCUUGGAUGAUGUAUGGGAAAAGCUAAACUUUGAAGCUUUAGGUAUUCCAUUUGAUGAAAACAGUAAAGCUUGUUGCAUAUUCCUAACAACUGGGAGUAGAGAAGUAUGCACUUCUAUGAAAUGUCAAAAUAUAAUUGAACUUAAUCCCUUGACUGACGGGGAAGCUUGGACUUUGUUCACCUUCCAUGCAAACAUAAGUAAUGACUCCCCAGAAGCUUUGAAAGUUAUGGCAGAAAGAAUCGUUACUAAAUGUAACGGAUCGUCUACUGCAAUUGCAACGUUAGGAAGCACGCUAAAAGAGAAAACCAUUGAAGAGUUUGAGUCAGCAUGGUUAAGACUGCAAAAUUCCGAACGACUUAGUUCUCUAAAAGGCUUAACAAGUCAUCAAGUUUGUCUUAAAGUAAGUUAUGAUAAUUUGACAAACCAAUUAGCCAAAUCCUUAUUAUUGUUGUGUUCAAUAUUUCCAAAGAAUCAUGAAAUUGAUUUGGAAGAUUUAUUUCGAUUUGGAAGAGGAUUGGGCGUAAUUUGGAGAUUUGGAAGAAUUGAGAAAGAAAGGAGGGUGAUGCGUGCAGCUAUUAACAUCCUUAAGAAUUCUUAUAUGUUGGCAUAUGUCAAAGAAAAAGAAAAGGUGAAAAUGCGUGACUCGAUUCGUGAUGUAGCCUUAUGGAUUGCAGCUGAAAGUGGUCAAGCAAUUUUGACAUGUACUGCAGUGGAUCCGAGAGUGUUGGUAGAUGAUGAAAUCACGAAAGAUAAGAAUGUAAUAGCCUUAUGGGAUAUGAAAAAUGGUGAACUUCUCAACUAUGAAUGGAAUUGUCCAUCACUUGAAAUUCUCUUGCUUCAUUCUCCACAGGUUGGCUUUACAAUAUCAAAUGCUUUUAUUGAAAGGUUGAAAAAGCUUAAACUACUGGCAUUCUUAAAAUUUGAAUAUAGGUGGAAGUUGCCUUUGGAGACAGAAACUCCAUCAUGGUACGCUUCACCACUAUCGCAAUCAAUUGAGUCAUUAAAAAAUCUCAAUACUCUUAGCUUGAGAGGUUAUAAAUUAGGUGACAUCUCAGUUUUGGAAAGUCUAGAAGCACUUGAGAUUCUUGACUUGCGUGGCUCUUCUUUCAAAGAAUUGCCUAAUGGAGUAGUAGCAUUACAGAAAUUGAAACUCCUAGAUUUGUACGGUUGUUUGAUUGAGAAAAAUAAUGCUUAUGAAGUUAUAGGAAGAUGUUUGAGGCUAGAGGAAUUGUAUUUGUAUUUGUUUCCAUCAAAAGAGGAGUUUCCACAUGAUGUCUCUUUCUCGAGAUUGCAGAGGUAUGUUAUAAUACAAUAUCACUCUGAAUCAUUUUCAUAUUACAUACAUGCUGACAUUUUGGAAAAACAUAGACCAUCUAGAGCUCUGUGCAUAGAAGGUUUCAAUGCCUCUACUCAAACUUUCAUAUCAUUACCAAUUAAGGAUCUCUUUAUGAGGGCAGUGUACCUUCAUUUGAAGUACAUUGAGGGAGGUUACAAAAAUGUAAUCCCAUCCAUGCGUUCACAAGGCAUGAAUCAGAUUGUUGCCCUAAUCCUUGAACACUGUCUUGAUAUUGAAUUCCUCUUUGAUGGAACUUUUACAAACAACAAUGUUGAUGUGCUUCAUACCAAAACUGUAUUUUCCAACCUAUGUACCGUAAGGUUGCAUCAGAUGCAUGGCCUUCGAGAAGUGUUUCAUGACCCUUCUUCACAAUGCUCUUUAGAAAAAUUAGAAGAGUUGAGCAUUGAUAGUUGUAACCAAUUAUACAACAUAUCCUUCCCAAGGAACUCAAAUCUAUGCAGUCUAAAGGAGUUAAGAAUAAUAAGUUGCCCAGUGCUAACUUGUCUCUUCAUGCCAUUCAUUGUCCAAACUCUGAAGCUGCUGGAGGUUCUGCAAAUAUAUGAAUGCAGUGAAUUGAUGCACAUAAUUCCAGCAGAAGGGAAUGAUUAUGUUGGUACUCAAGAUCAUACAUCUUUGAUGCUCCCAAAAUUAAGGAUUAUUGAGAUUGCAGGAUGUGACAAGUUGAAAUAUAUAUUCCCUGUGUGUUUUGGAAGGCUACCAAGUUUGGAAAGGCUGAUCACUAAAAAUUGUGACAAGUUGAAGUAUGUAUUUGGCACUGAAAAGGAACGCCAUCUUUCAAUGUACCAUGAAUAUCCAGAUUUGCUUAAUUUGGAAGUUCUCUUGUUAGUUUCCUUACCUAACCUGGUUGACAUUUGGCCUUCUUAUUGUCAUCCACGUUUACCAAAUUUGAAAGAGUUACAAUGCACUGAAUGUUCAACAUUGUCUAACUCUUCUUUGAGGAAGAUGGCGAUUGAUUCAGGUUUAUACCACCAAGGCGCAGCUGCAAUGAAGAAACUGCUAGAUGAAGCUGCCCUCAAAUUCACAAAGCUUAUAUUUUCUCAUCUUGGAGUAAAAUGCCUUUUUCAAUUCCAAAUAGGAGAACCUGGGACCAAUAGAGAACUACCCUUAAGGUUAUCUACUCUGGACUUGCUGGCUCUACCACAACUCAAAUUCAUAUGGAAAAGCCCCACAAAUUUUCUAAGCCUCCAACUGCUUCAAUUUUUACAUGUGGAUAGAUGUCCAAAAUUGAAAUCCAUCUUCUCCUCUGCCAUUAUUAGAAGCUUACCAGUGUUGAGAAAACUAGAAAUACUCAAUUGUGAGGAACUGGAGCAAAUAUUUGAUUCAGAAUGUUAUCAAAUAGAGAAGUGUUUUUCUUUCGAAUGUGAAGCUGAUAUGGAUGAUAAAGUGGGGAGGGACAAAGAUAGCGAACAAGUUCUGCUACAAAACCUGAGAAAUAUAACACUCACAAGUUUGCCAAACUUCAAAGAGAUUCACCGUGGAUUUCAGUUAAAAGAUCAUGUUGAACAGAUCAUAGAGGAUUGCCCAGAAUACUCUCGAAUUAUGGAAUAA